AUGGUUAUAGAUCCCGGAUUCGGACGCCCCCCCCCCGAUUCAGCGGUCGUAGACAAGCCGCCCUGUUCCCCUCUGCGCAGCGGGCGCCCGCCCUUCCCCUGUCCGCUGCCGAUCUCGGUGGAACCGGUGCUUUUUCUUUCCAUGUUCUCGCUGGCUCUCCAGAUGCCGUUGACCACGCAGUACCUCUGGGACCGCAUCAGUGAAGAUGUCGGCUACAACGGAACGAUCAGGGGGUGUCGAAAUACCUCCGGCCCGCCCGAUCCGCUGGAGAAGGAGGUGGAGACUCUGACGGCGCACUGGAGCCUGUACAUUAACCUGGGCGGUUUCGCGGUGGGGCUGUUCGUGGUGACGCUGCUGGGCCCGUGGAGCGACCGGGCAGGCCGGCGGGCGCUGCUGACGGUGCCCAGCCUGGGCCUGGCGCUGCAGGCGGGCACCUACCUGGCCGUGCUGUACCUGCGGCUGCCCGUGCCCUGGCUGCUGGCGGGCCGCCUGCUCAGCGGGCUGUCGGGCGACUUCAACGCCGCUGCCGGCUGCUUCGCCCACGUGGGCGACACCAGCGCCCGCCGCCACCGCACCUUCCGCGUGGCCGUGCUGGAGGCCUGCCUGGGCGUGGCCGGGAUGCUCGCCAGCGUCAUCGGCGGGAAGUGGCGCCGGGCGCAGGGGUACAUUAACCCUUUCUGGCUGGCCCUGGCGUGUAACCUGGCAGCGGCGCUGUACGCCUGGCUCUUCGUGGCGGACACGGUGACCCCUGACCCCGGGGCGCGCCUCUUUUCGGGGGCGCACCAGCGGGCGGUGCUGCGGCUGUACGGGCGGCGCUCGGGCGGCGCGGGCCCCCUGCUCUGGCUCUACGCGCUCUGCUUCCUGCUGGUGGUGACGGUGCAUUUCGGGAGCCGCGACCUGUACGUGCUGUACGAGCUGAGCGCCCCGCUCUGCUGGGGACCCGAGCUGGUGGGGUACGGCUCCGCCGCCCUGCACCUGGCCUACCUGAGCAGCCUGCUGGGCCUGCGCGUCCUGCAGCUCUGCCUGGACGAGUCCUGGGUCGCCCUGCUGGGCCUGGCCUCCAACGGCGCCGCCCUGCUGGUCAUCUCCACCGCCAGCAGCACCGCGCUCAUGUUCACCGGGUAUGGGCUGAACUUCCUGUCCAUGGCUUCUACUCCGGUUCUCCGCUCAAAACUCUCCAAACUGGUGGACUCGUCCCAACAAGGAGCUCUGUUUGCGUCGGUGGCCUGUGUGGAGAGUCUGUGCUCUUUGCUGGCCACUGGAGUGUUCAACAGCCUGUACCCCGCAACCCUGCACAUCUUUAAGGGGUUCCCCUUCCUCUUCGGUGCCAUCCUCCUCCUCAUCCCCGCCUGCAUCAUCGGGACCAUCAGAUGUAGAGAAAUGAGGACGGCUCACGACGGAACCUCCUGAGGUUCCUCCUGGCCCCGCCCCCCUGACCUUCACA